GGCGCUUUGCGGUUGCUAGGGGGAAGCGGCAGGGCAGGGGGGCAGCAUGGCGGGCACGGCGCUGGGAGUGGGGCCGGGGGUGCUGGCGCUGCAGCUGCUCUGGGGCCUGGCGCUGCUGCUCUGCCUGGGGCUGCUCCGCGCUGCCGGCCGGGCCCGGUUGGCUGUGGUGCCGGUGGCGCUGGGAGCCGCCGCGCUCAGCGCCGCGCUGCUGCUCUUCCCCCGGGAGGACGAGCGACCGGCCGCGGCUGCCGCCGAGGAGAUUGUGGACACCUUCUUCAUCGGCCGCUUCGUCCUCCUGGCCGUGAUGAGCCUGGUUCUCCUCGGCUGCCUGUUCCUGCUGCUGAUUUACCACCUCAUGGAGCCGGUAUUCGCCAAGCCGCUCCGCAGCAGAUAGCGCAGCCGUCCCCACCUGAUUUCAUCUUCAUUUCAUGGCCAGAAAGCAGGAAUGGAAACCAGGAGCCUGCUCUGGAGGCAAAAGCGGCGAUUUGUUCAACCUGGAGUGUGUCGCUUCACCCGGUGCCGCAUUUUUGCCUUUAAAAGCGAAGUUUGGAUGGAGCACGAGUGGCUUCCUCGCCUGUAAAGGUGCUUUAACCUCCCUCUUCUUUCCUCUUUUGCAGGAGAGAUAAAAUCCAUGCGCUUUGUACUCGAUUCAGUGAAUCGGACUGAGCCAAGAUGGUUUGUUUAUCAUAAUCCACAAGUUUUGUUAUUGUUCCUUUUUCACUGUAAUAAAACUCUCUGAGAAA